AUGCUCCGCAGAGUGAGCCCUCCUGUCUGGAGUCCCGUCUCUGUGAGCCGAGCGGUCACAAAGGUCACAGAGGUCAAACUGAAAAGACAAGGAUUUGACACAAAACUGGGGCUGAACUUCAUCAAAGAUGGAGGCAGAGGUCUGGUCCCCACAGGUCUGGUCCCCACUGUUGUGGUCCCCACAAGUCUGGUCCCCACAGGUCUGGUCUUCACAGGUCUGGUCCCCACAGGUCUGGUCUCCACUGUUCUGGUCCCCACAGAUCUGGUCUUCACAGGUCUGGUCUCCACAGGUCUGGUCCCCACAGGUCUGGUCUUCACAGGUCUGGUCCCCACAGGUCUAGUCUCCACAGGUCUGGUCCCCACAGGUCUAAUCCCUACAGGUCUGGUCCCCACAAGUCUGGUCCCCAAAAGUCUGGUCCCCACAGGUCUGUUCCCCACAGGUCUGGUCCCCACUGUUCUGGUCCCCACAAGUCUGGUCUUCACAGGUCUGGUCCCCACAGGUCUGGUCUUCAAAGGUCUGGUCCCCACAGGUCUGGUCUUCACAGGUCUGGUCCCCACAGGUCUGGUCUCCACAGGUCUGGUCCCUACAGGUCUGGUCCCAACAGGUCUGAUCCCCACAGGUCUGGUCUCCACAGGUCUGGUCCCCACUGGUCUGGUCUCCACAGGUCUUGUCCCCACAGGUCUGGUCCCCACAGGCCUGGUCCCCACAGGUCUGGUCCCCUCAGGUCAUGCCGUCGGGGACCGAACUCAGGCAGUGGCUGUGGUGGGAGUCUGUGGGUGA